UGGUUCCAGUGCUUUCAGUGCACUUGUUCGUAUCGCCUCUUGACAUGCACAUCCUAAAGAAGUCCUUGACCAAGAGGGAGAGUGCGGUCGCCUCGACGGAUAGCACCUCCCUACCGCCGCCACCGCCCAACAAGGGGUCCUCGGCAAAGUCCGAAGCUCUCACCGGAAAUGCUGCCUCCAAUGGGGAAGCGUCCCCCGGGACUCAAAUCCGCCACGGCUCGGUGGUGCUGGACACGCGUAUGUCGGACAACAUCUUCGACCACAUCCUCGGACGGGGCCGGGCCAUCGACAUGAUGGACUCGUCCGACGACAAGAAAUCCACGACGACGCCAAGCCACGCCAGUGCUCGGUUUAGCACCAUGGAUUCCAACGUCGAGUACUGGGACAAGGACGGCAUCCACCGCCGGUCGAGCACGAUCACACGACGUAUGAACUUACGGGGGAUGAGCAUCCCCCAUGCUGUCGACCCACUGACCUUCGUGGAUACCGCCGCCGCCGACGAUGAUCCGGCCGGAGAAGCAACUCCUUCCCGACCCCCGUCUCCGUCCCGCCAAGACAUUGACGGCGUGUCCAAAGCCCAGUUGGCCUCGAAACAAACCCAUAUCCAGGCUGUGGACGCCGCCCUUCAGCGGUCGCUCGCCCAGGCGUACAAGCCCCCGCCAUUGUCCAAACUAGCGCUCGCGGGUUCCCAGCAUACUGCCAACGCCCCGUCCAAACUUCUGCAAUAUGUGGACGCGGACGGGAACGUUCGUCGCAUGCGGCGAGGCGGUCACGACACGCCGCGGAGUGAGCCCCCGCCGACUCCCCCCACCCCUGCCUCAUAACUAGUAUUAUUACUACUAGUAGUAUGAGAUAUAUCCCAACAGAAGCAACAUAUAUUGCAAAACAAUGAACGUCGAAGUAGUACUAAGUAGUAUUCAACUCUAACGAAUGGAAUUCCCGUCGGGAACAUCGAUACGUCCA